AUGGAGAAAGACCCUCAUCUGAGAAGACCCCCAGGCAAGGGAGCUGAGCCAGGACUUGAGAGCAAGGCUGAGUCCUUGGGCACAGAGCUCAGGUCCAGAUGGCGAUCCGAAGCAGAGGCCAAGCCCUUGGACUUGGUGGCAGCCCUGGAACAGGAGUUUGAGGAGGUGCUGGCCUUCUCGAGCACAUCUGCAGUGGCCUUGACUGCUGCUGGGCUGUGGGAUUCCAGCCACACUGCAGUGCUGGCCAUGCGCGAUGGAGGAGUCCUGACAACCGUGGAGCAGGGCCCAAGCGAAGGGGAUGAAACCAGAUUUGGAUGCACAGAUACUAGGAAGGGAGCAGGGGAUGGUCCUCCUGAGGGCCUAGGAGGGAAUUUCAGUGUCAUGUGUUGGCUCUUCCUGGCACCCCAGCUGUGGCAACAGCUGGCUCAUUUCUGCCAGGCUGACCUGGGGCUGGGACUGGCCAAGAGUUCUACUAAAUGGCAUCUGCUGGAGGCUGACAUCUGAGGCUCCCUCUCCCAGUUCAGAAGGAAGAAGCUCUUUAGAUUUGCACCCUCCUAUUGCACCCCUCUCCUCUGAAGUUUCCUCUAACUCCUCCCCUUAUCAGGUGUCCAUUCCCACCCUCCCUUUCUAGCUACUCUCUUGUCUCUAGCAUCCCCAAAUAUCCUUGCCUAAAUCUAGAUGUGAACUGUUUUUUUUUUUUUUUUUUUUUUUUUUUCCCGAGGUAGGGACACUGGGUAUUGAACUCAGGGCUUUCCUACUGAGCUAGAGUCCCGGCCCUUUUUAUUUAUUUAUUUUUCUUUUGAGACGAAUCUUGCUAAAUUGCCCAGACUGGGCUCUAAACUGCUGUCCUCCUGUCUUAGCCUCCUAGAGUGCUGAGAUUACAGGCUCAUAUGCCUGGCUGUGAACUGCAGAAUUUGCGGGAGCCCUUUGCACUGCUGUUUAUUAUCUAACUUCUCCCUUGCCAAGAACUGGGCCCUGUAGGGCACUUUUCCUGCAAGGCCCUGGCCGGGGAGUGAGCUCCGCCUUCCCUGGCUUCUCUCUUCCGCCCCCUCGUGGGUGAAAGCAGGCAGAGGUCUGUCCCAGCUCAACUGUUGCUCCUCUUCCCCGGCCACUGGCCACAGUAAAACUUCACAACUGCCCAGCACUCCCCUCCUCACUGCCCCCUUCAGCCUUCUGUGCCCCUAGAUCAGUGUCAUCUCCCUGAUUCUGCCCCCCAUUCCCCGCCUCCCCACACCUCCCACACUCUUGGCCCCUUUUCCUGCCCUGCCAUUCUCCCUGUGCUCAGCUUCCACACAGACCUAGUGUGCAGUAACCGAGAGAGACCUGUACCCAAGACAGUCCCCCAUCUGGGCCUCUACAGCACUCUCCUGAGCCUGAAAUCCCCCUCCCCCCACUUUGCAGGCCCUCGGCCCAGCUCACCUGGGGUUCAGGCUAGAAGCUGUGGUACCGGUGAGGUCAGGCUAUGGGCCUGGCAUGAAGCUGUCUCCUGGUUCCAUCGGAUACCCUCUAGGGAACAUUCCUGAUAUUUGUGGACACUGCUCCCAAACUCUGGAUUGCAUUGCUUUUUGGACUUUGUGAACCUGCUUAAACAGAAAUGGUGACUGCUGCGUUUAAACAGCCCUGUCUCCUAGACUUGAGCCCUACACCAUCGUCUGAGGAAGAAAACAUGCUCAAAAUGUUCCAGGUGACUUCUGAGUCACUCUCAGGAGCUGGGAGGCUGGCAGGGGCUAGAACCCAGGUAUGCCAAGCCCAGAGCAUGCCCAGAACCUCCCACUCUGUGAUGCUGUGAGCUCGAACUUCUUGUUGGACAGUGGACAGUUGCUAGGGAGAUGUUGACCCUAGCAACAGGGUUCUCUGGGCCUGGAAUCCAAGGUGUGGGCAGAGGAGGGCUCCAGGAAGGUGGGAGAAGGGUGGGCAAGGGGGACAGUUUCUCCCCAGCAUCACUUUCCCCAGCUCCGACUUCGGGGCCGCUUGUCUCACAAUAAAAGGGACCUUUUGCCUGCGCUCCGCGUGCGGUUCA